CGGAUCCGAGAAGCAUAUGAAGACUUGGAUUAAUAAAGAAAACGGCCUAUGCAACUUUAACAAAGAGCAUUACAAUACCCGGUAAUUACUUUUAGACUUCGCGCAGUGUAUGUCUAGUGCUGACAGCGCCCUCUUUAGUGUUGAAUAGGGACAGCACGAUGCAAGCAGUGUUGCUGUAUGUAUUUGUGGCAGCAUCGGCGGUGGUAGGGUAUGGCGUUGCCCACCAGACAACGAGAGAAAGCGAUUAUGGAACUACCAUUGGUUGUAAAUAUUACAAUUCUUUCCUUAUGGACGCCGAGGUGCUCCACACCGAUGUAGAUACCGACGCAGCUUGUAAAGAAAUAUGUGCUAGCGACCCAAUGUGUGCUGCGGGAGACUUCAACAAGCACUUCAAUGAGUGCUUCACGCAUAAAUACGUCGCAGGAAAAAAGUUUAAGUUACAAACCGAAGAAUGCUGUGUUCACUUUAGAAAGGAUCUAUUUUGUACAAGUGCUGGUGUACUGAUGCCAACGACCACCACUCAAGGUCCCAGUCCUUCGGGUCCCCAAGGUCAGCCAGGCCCGCCGGGGCCAGACGGUCAGCCUGGCUCUAUAGGACCCAAUGGUCCCCCUGGCGACAAGGGUAUGGCGGGUCCCACUGGGCCACAGGGUACAGGAGGUCCUCCAGGGCUAGAUGGUUACGUUGGAGAUGAUGGAAGCCCGGGAACACCAGGUCCACCGGGACCCCCGGGUGACCCGGGGCUGCCUGGAAUCAUCGGUGCUGUUGGACCUCGUGGUGAUAUUGGAGAAAAGGGUCCUCCCGGUGAUGACGGAAUACCUGGUAUCAAUGGCGUCGAUGGUUUGCCGGGUGAAGCGGGUCCUCCUGGUGAAGUAGGUGAUCAAGGACCUGCUGGUCCUCCCGGUGAUAAAGGUCCUCGUGGAGAUGAAGGACCAAUUGGAUUAACUGGUCUACAAGGGCCAAUAGGCCCACAGGGGCCGCCUGGUGUACCAGGUUCUUCCCCACCCCCUGGCCCCGCUGGCGAGAAAGGUGCCCCGGGAGAUACAGGGCCUGUUGGACCCGUUGGCCCAGCUGGACCAUGGGGCUCUCCUGGCAUCGCAGGGAGUCCUGGCAAGAGAGGUCUCCCUGGUAGUCCAGGAAUGAAAGGUGUUAAAGGAGAUUCUGCCGACAACGUUGCCAUAGCAGCGGCUAUAGUCGGAACAGUUGAGACGGAUGAGCAAACGCUACAUUCAAAAUUAGAAAAGAGACUGACAACCCAAAAUAUUGGACUUGCAUCCUGUUUACUGGUUACCAUGGCAGCAAUGGCUAUAUUUACAACCUAUUACUGUAGACAGAAACGGAAACAGAGAUCGCAAGUGGACAGACUUCAGGAUUAUGUAGAGCAUGCGCUUAUGGCGCCUAUUACAUCACAAGUAGAUUGUAAACCACUGACCUCAUUUUGAUUCCGAAAAUACCAAUAUACCGAAGCCGAAGACGUUUAUAUCACGAAGAAGGCCGAAGAUGGCCGAAGAUGCUUCAAAGAACCAAUCAAAUUCCUUGA